AUGCAGGAAGGUAAUGGAGAUUUACAUUUUUCUCAUUGGAUCAGUGGUCAACACACUGUUUUCAACAAAAUAUGCGAAGUAUCAGUAGAACAGAGACCGGAUGUAAAAAAGAUUGAGCUGUAUGAAAUAGUACAGGAAAUUUUCUUUAGUUAUGAUUCUUGCCUGUUAGCCAUAAACGGAGAGAUCUGCGCGAUCAUGAAGCACAAUGAUUAUUAUGUCGUUGUAGACUAUAAUGUUCGUAACGCAUCUGGUCUGGGAUCAGACAUAGGUACAUCAGUUGUGGUUUUUAACACUAAUUGGCAAGAUCUGAUUUUGCACAUAGAUGCUCUUAUGGUGAGUUUGAAUGCAGAUACCCUGAAUAUAUGUGGUGUCAAGGUACAGGUUAUCGAAUCAGAAAUGUCUGCAUGUAACAGCAAUGUCAAGGUAGAAACUAAUUCAUGCCCUGCAAAGAAGAUUGACGAAAGUACGGUGUUUCCAUCAAAUGAAAGGAAAAGUGUUCGUGGAUCAUUUCAUCAAGGAGACUUUAAGUUCAAGUGGGCAGGAAGACAGUGUGUUGCUGUUAGUUUGGCUGCUAUGGCAAUGCACAACGUACAAAGUGUGUUCUCCUGGGAAACCUGUGAUUUAGACAACGUGGUAAAUCUUGGUGAUAGCUUGUAUUCAGAUUUGCAUCAAAGUGGUUCAAUUACUGAUCCAACUGACGAUAAGUUGUUAUGUAUUCCGGAUCUUCCACAAGAAUAUGUGUUCAAAACAAAUGCUUUCAAAUUUGAAUAUGGCAGAUGCGUUUCUGGAUGUGUAGAUGUUGUUGAUGGAGAAUUUCUUAGAUCUGGUGCAUGGCAGUUCUGGAAUGAUUGA